UGUCUAUUGGCCAAUCAGUGGUAGUCUUGACACGCCCCUUGAAUAUUCGUUUUCGGUGACUGAAUGCAGGUCAGAGGGUAAACAAUUUCAGUAAAUUUUUCAUUGAUUUUGUAGUUUUUAUUGAUUGAUGGUCUGAGUGACUUUCGCCAAAUUCUUCAAUCAUUUAAAAUGACGGAACAGCAAAUGGAUUGUGCUUUGGAUUUGAUGAGAAGACUGCCACCUCAGCAAAUUGAAAAGAAUUUGAGUGAUUUAAUAGAUCUAGUGCCAUCUCUUUGUGAAGAUCUCCUAUCCUCUGUUGAUCAACCCUUAAAAAUUGCAAAAGAUAAAGAAUCUGGAAAAGAUUAUUUACUUUGUGACUAUAAUAGAGAUGGAGAUUCCUAUAGGUCCCCUUGGAGUAAUACAUAUGAUCCACCACUAGAAGAUGGUUCAAUGCCAUCUGAAAGGCUUAGAAAAUUAGAGAUAGAUGCAAAUCAUGCAUUUGAUCAAUACAGAGAACUUUACUUUGAAGGUGGAGUAUCUUCUGUCUAUCUGUGGGACUUGGAUCAUGGUUUUGCAGCAGUAAUAUUGAUUAAAAAAGCAGGUGAUGGUUCAAAGAAAAUUAAAGGUUGUUGGGAUUCAAUUCAUGUAGUGGAAGUUCAAGAAAAAUCCAGUGGAAGGAUUGCACAUUAUAAAUUAACUUCCACUGCAAUGCUUUGGUUACAAACUAAUAAACAUGGCUCUGGAACAAUGAAUCUUGGUGGAAGUCUUACAAGACAGGUUGAACAAGAUGCCCAAAUAAGUGAGAGUUCUCCACAUAUUGCUAAUAUUGGUCGCAUGGUUGAAGAUAUGGAAAAUAAAAUUCGAAAUACCUUAAAUGAAAUUUAUUUUGGAAAAACAAAAGAUAUUGUAAAUGGUUUAAGGUCUGUUCAAUCUUUAGCUGAUCAACGACAACAAGCUGCCCUCAGACAGGAUCUUGCAGCCGCGUUGCAAAGGAGAAAUGCCAAUAAUUGAUCUUCCGAGGAAGAUCAACUUUCCUUCGAUUUUGAAGAGUGUCAAUAAAAAAGAAAGAAAUAAAAGAGAAAUCGUAAAUGAUGAAA